AAGAAAGUAAUAAACCUUUUUUUAGAUAUUUCUCCUUCUUUUCAGUUUCUAACAAGCAUCAAUGCCAGCCCCUCCAUCUCAAAACUCCAAACCUGAAAUUAAUCGUCGAUCUGCCGGUUUUCAUCCCAGCAUCUGGGGUGCUCAUUUUCUCUCAUAUGCCUCAAACAAUAUCAUGGAAAGUGAGGAAGGGAAAAGGGAGCAUUUAAAGCUGAAGGAGGAACUCAAGGAGAAGCUGAUGGCUGUGGUUGAUGCGCCAUCGAAGAAACUUGAAUUGAUUGACGCAAUACAAAGGUUGGGCGUGUCAUACCAUUUCCACAAAGAGAUUGAUGAAAUCUUGGGACAAAUAAUGCAGGUGAUGAACCAAAGUGAUUUUAAGGCUGGUUCCAGUGAGGAUGAUGAACUUUAUACCAUUUCCCUAACAUUUCGUUUACUUCGGCAACAUGGUUAUAGAAUUUCAUGCGAAAUGUUUAAAAAGUUCAAGGACAAGGAAGGGAACUUCAAGGAAUCCCUAAUUGAUGAUGUUAAAGGAAUGUUAAGCUUGUACGAGGCUACGCAUCUAAGGGUACAUGGAGAAGAUAUUUUGGAUCAAGCGUUGUCUUUCACUACCACCCACCUUGGUUCAAUGGCCACAAGCUUAAGCAACCCUUCUCUUGCAGCUCAAGUAACAAAUGCUUUACACCAACCCGUCCACACAGGCAUGCCUAGGCUUGAGGCUAGACGAUUCAUUCCUGUAUACCAAGCCGAUCCUUCUCAUGUCAAAACAUUAUUAAGUUUUGCAAGGUUGGAUUUCAAUAUGUUACAAAGACUGCACCAGAAGGAAAUCAGUGAUAUUGCCAAGUGGUGGAAAGAUUUAGACUUCUCCACAAAGCUACCUUUUGCCCGAGAUAGAUUGAUAGAAUGUUACUUUUGGAUAUUGGGGUUGUACUCUGAGCCAGAGCAUAUAUUGGCUCGAAGGUUUUCAACCAAAAUCAUUAUAUUUGCUUCUGUUAUUGAUGACAUUUAUGAUGUCUAUGGCACGCUUGAUGAACUUGAACUCCUUACCGAAGCAAUUCAAAGGUGGGAUAUAAAUGCAAUAGAUCAAAUGCCUGAAUACAUGCAAAUAUAUUUUCGGGCCUUUUUAGAUAUUUACCGUGAAAUUGAAGAACGAAUGGCGGCACAAGGGAAAUUAUACCGCGUCCAUAAUGCAAAAGAAGCUAUGAAACGUCUUGUUAGAGCCUACUUCCAAGAAGCCAAGUGGUUCCAUGAAAAAUACACACCAACACUGGAUGAGUACAUGCCGGUUGCAUUAAUUUCAUCUGGGUAUGAAAUGAUGGCUGUCACAUCCAUUGUCGGACUGGGAGAUAUUGCCACAGAAGAUUCUUUUAAUUGGUUGUUGAAUCAGCCCAAGAUUGUCACUGCUUCUGAAGCUAUUGCUAGACUGAUGGACGACAUUGCAUCCCAUAAGUUUGAGCAAAAGAGAGGACAUGUAGCUUCAAGCAUUGAAUGUUACACGAUACAAUAUGGUGGCACAGAAGAAGAAGCAGUGGAGGAACUCCGCAAACUGAUUACUGGGGCAUGGAUGGAUAUCAAUGAAGAAUGCCUGCGCCCAACAGCAGUCCCUAUGCCUCUCCUGACUUGCAUUCUAAAUCUUGCACGAUUUAGUUAUUCGGUUGUUAAAGAUUUAAAAUGAAGAAUUUGGUGGGUAGAUGUAAUACUAGGGAUUAUUAUUAUUAUUAUUUUGAAAAUUUAAAUAAAUUAGUUAAGCCUGA